GGAUUGCUAGCGCUAGCGGCUCAUCCUUCACCUUCCAGCUAAGUUGGCAUCUCUGGUCCUUAACCGCCGCCUCUUCCUCCUCCCGCUCUCUCUGCAUAGCUCCGCCUUAAAGGAAGAGGUGGGCGGGGCUAAGCAAACCAGACCUAAAGGCUGUACCACCAUCCGCGCUGGCUCUUUCCCCAGCCUGUCUCAGCCAGUCGCCUUGGGAAUCUGCGAAGGAACUGUUUGCUCCGUCGGGGGCUUCCCCGUUUAGCCCUCUGCUGCUCUUGCGGCCGGGAAAGCACCCCGAUCGUGGGGCUGCUGCCUGUAUCUGCUGCCGCGGUUCGGGGGAACUGGCUCUGGCGGGUCUCAGCUGCUGCCGAAUUCCACCAUGUGCUCCACAGACUCUAGGAAGUGCUGCUCACGGUUCAGCCACAGAAUAUUCUCCUAGUACCAGACAGUUAAAACAGGGGGCCCAAACUGGCCUGCUGGUCCAGUAGACCCAUUGGCCUCUUAGCCUGCAGAAGCAAUGGACACACACAUGGACCUGCUGACAGAGCUCCAGCUGCUGGAUAAGGUACCUACACUUGAGCGACUCCGGGCAGCCCAGAAGCGCAGGGCUCAGCAGCUAAAGAAGUGGGCCCAGUAUGAGAAGGAGAUGCAGCACAAGAAGAGAAAGCACGAGAAGAAGAGGAACAUGGUCAGCCGCAAGAAAGUUUCUUUUGAGGCCAGUGUUGCGCUGCUUGAGGCUUCCUUAAGGAAUGAUAUUGAGGAAGUCUGCUAUUUGUUGAAUAACAACUUCAGUCCAGACCUGUGUAAUGAAGAUGGAUUAACUGCACUGCAUCAGUGCUGCAUAGAUAACUAUGAAGAGAUUGUAAAGCUUCUCCUGAACCAUGGGGCCAACGUCAAUGCAAAAGACAAUGAACUGUGGACUCCUCUGCAUGCCGCAGCAACAUGUGGGCACAUCAACCUCGUGAAGAUCCUGAUUCAGCAUGGAGCAGACCUGCUGGCUGUGAAUGCAGAUGGAAAUAUGCCGUAUGACCUCUGUGAAGACGAGCCAACCCUAGAUGUCAUUGAGACUUGCAUGGCAUACCAGGGAAUCACACAGGAGAAAAUCAAUGAAAUGCGGGCUGCCCCGGAGCAAGUGAUGGUCGACGAUAUCACUGAGAUGGUAGCGACAGGGCAGGAUCUGAACAGAACUGACGUACAAGGUGCUACACUGUUGCAUAUAGCUGCAGCCAAUGGCUACCUGCAUGCAGCAGAGAUUCUUUUAGACCAUGGAGCAAGGCUGGACCUCAAGGACUGGGAUGGCUGGGAACCCCUCCAUGCUGCCGCCUUCUGGGGACAUAUGCAGAUGGCAGAACUGUUAGUGUCUCAUGGUGCGAGCCUGAGUGCACGGACAGCCAUGGAUGAGAUGCCAAUAGACCUGUGCGAAGAAGAGGAAUUUAAAGUCCUGCUGCUGGAGCUGAAGCAUAAGCAUGAUGUCAUCAUGAAAUCUCAGAUGAGACACAAGUCCUCCUUGAGCAGGAGGACCUCCAGCACUGGAAGCAGAGGGAAAGUGGUGCGGAGGGCAAGCCUUUCUGACCGAACAAACCUUUACAGGAAGGAAUACGAGAAGGAGGCCAUUGUCUGGCAGCAGAUAGAAUAUUCAGAAGAGCCAAGAGCCACUGGCUAUAAUGGUGACAUCAGUGAGGCAUGCUCCAAUCAAGAGAACACAGAUCCAAACUCUUCAGUAGAUUCACCUACAUUCCUUCCAGAGCUGGCAAGCAAAAGCACUCAGUGUGACUCGGAAUCUCUCCUCCAGAAUGGGCUCAGCCUCUCCCCUAACCCUUAUGAAUACUCAGUCCCCAAUGGAGACAUUUGGAAAAUGCAUUCUGCUCUGGACAGUGACACAAGCCAAGCACUGCCCUAUGACAACCCGGGGGUCUCAGACUCUCAUCAGAUCUGGGGGGGCUACAAAGAGAGGAGCCACCAAACCCUCUCCGAGCUGAAACGGCAACGGGCGGCAGCCAAGCUACUCAACCACCCCUUCAUCAGCACACACUUUGGCAGCAACGUGGGAGGCACAGCAGAGAACGGGGGAGAAGUGAAAGAGCACCUCAUUAGCUGCAGGACUCCUUCCUAUACAGCCAAUGGGACUUCAGUUUAUUAUACCAUGUCGAGUGGCGACCCACCUCUCUUAAAAUUCAAAGCACCCAUGGAAGAAAUGGAGGAGAAAGUGCACGGGUGCUGCAGGAUUUCCUGAUCUAAGUUAAUUCCUGACUGGAGCAGAUAAAGUUGGGUAGUCACCUUGCAUCCACUGCUGAGUCUGGGCUGUAACCGUGGCUAACUGGGAGAAUCUGAAUCGGUCAUCGAAGGCCAGGCUUUACCAGGCUUAUUCAUCUUUAGUACCUUCCUUUUGCAAUUCCAUUUAACAACUAGCAGCUGUAGAUGGCAGAGAGAAGUAUGGGGGUGGGGCAACUCCUUAUUGCACAAAGAUCAGUGAAUAUAUUUCAUUAUAAACCCCACCUGAUUUAGAAUCCCCAUUUCUGAGCUUCCUGGGCCACUGUGCUCCUUACAACUGGAACUAUGAGGAUAAACCGUCUCAACUUAUCCAUGGUGCACUACUACAAAAGGUAUGUGGUCCUCCAAACCCAGCACUUUUCCAAGCAGACAGUAGCCCUGUUCAGACAUUAUGUUGUACGAGUGUACACGUCUAUAGACUUGCACAUGUUUUUGUGUGAACGGCUGUACCUGUGUUCAUUUUAAAAGUGAACCUGGGUACAGGCCCCUCAAGCGCAUGGUAUUCAGCAUAAUGUGAACAACUGUACCUGUGUAAGUAAGAUCUGUGCCUGUAUACACUGUAUACUCAUUGCAAAAGAGUUCAAUACAUCUGAAUAGGAUUAAUGUGAAGGGCCCAGUUUGCUUUCCCAAAUGUGAGGUUUUUGCACGCAGAAAACCUACGCGCUUCACUAGAACAAGCAGUCUGAAAACUUUGCUUAUUUAUGUGACAACACAGUAGGGAUCUACAUCCCAUCACCAAUUUCUGAGCCAUUAUUUCCUGCUCGGCUCUUUGUAAACAAACAGAGAGGACAUGGAUGGAUCUCCUUUGUAAGCUUCAUCACUUUUUAGAUGGGUGGAAUCUUGUAUGCUCCUUAGAGGACUGAUACAAACGAAAGAAGUGUAUGGUUCAUGUCUAACCUUCUCCAUUGGUUGUCCUUCCUUUUGCACUUGUGCAUAUCUUGAGAUGUUAAACUGGUAAAUUCCAGUUUACGUUGGUCAUAUUCCAUCGAAAGACGACUGCCUUUUGAGUUUUCCCAAGCUACUGUUGGAGAAGUGAUAUAAGGGGCAAAAACAUCUGCUUCCAUUCAUCUCGACAUUAAUUUCUUGCCACUUUUGAGUCUUGGAGAAUCUUUUUGGUUCACAGAUGCUACUAUUGAAAUGGCUCUUACACACUGAAGUCUCUGGUGUGUGUGUUUGGCAAACUCUCCCAAUUCUAUUGGGAAUUUUGUAUCACACUCUGAUGUUUACUACUUUUUUCCUUUCCUCACGAGUUCUUCCUGUGAGGGCCCCUAACAGCAAUCUGGUGGCCAGAUUUCUGGGCUUGAAAAUACCUAACUUUUUAAAAUAUAAAAAGGCAACAUUAAACAUUUAAGAGGUGCAGGGAGGGCUGCCAAUAAAAAAAGCAUUCCUGGAUCUUUCUCCCCGUAAACCACUAUAGCAUGUAGCUACAAGUACCUGCAAUACACAGUGUUGUGCAUUUUCCUAUUCUAUUCAACAUCCUUGGCUACCACAACUGGAGCUGGGGAAACACAUGUCACAACAUGGGCUAAGUACAUGCCAUGGAGGGGGGAGAAUUUGAUUUAGGGCAGCUUUGUCAACUUGUGUAACAUGUAGUUCUGCUCAAGUGUGGAGUUCUUCACACUGAUUAAAAGCCAUCACACACCCAGCAAUAAAAGUUUCAAAUACCCGGGUGAGUAACACCAUAGUCAAGGGCAAGAGAAUGGCUUCGAACAGACCAGGACCUUGUUACAUCCAAACUGAGCAAUCCUGGUUUAUUCUAGCCAGAGUUUCAAAAGAAGCCAGGGAUAGAAGAAUUCUUCUUCCUCUUGCGCGUGACAAGAUGAGGUGGAAUGGAAUAAAUGUGCCCAAGGCUAGGGAAUGUUGUGUGAAGCCAGGAUUAAAUCCUGGUUCCAUGUUACAUCUGAACAGGCCCUCUCUGUCUUGCUCUAGGUUAUAUCUACCCUACACACAUCCUGGUUUAUCAGCCUUUCCUUCUCCCAACACCCACACCAACUGGUCAAAGGAUAUAGAAUAGACCAAGGAUUCUCAACAUUGGGUCCCCAGAUGUUAUUGGACUUCAACUCCCAGAAUCCCCAACCAAAGGCCACUGGGGCUGGGGAUUAUGGGAGUUGAAGUCCAAAAACAUCUGGGGACUCAACGUUGAGAAUCCCUGGAAUAGACAUACUCUUGCACAGUCUUUCUCUUCAACACGCUUCUCUUGUCUUUCUACUACUUAAACAAAAAGUGGUGUCACUGGUUCCAUGGCCCACUUGUGGGCCUCAGUGAAGUGAAGUGAAGACAGUGAAGUGAAGUGAAGACAGUGACCCUAUACAAGACAUAAAAGGCAAAGGAAAGAUCUCACUGGGUAUAACUCUUCCUGGUUUCCAUCCCACAAAUUAUAGGAACAUAACAUUUACUAUUAAAUAGUAAUUCAAUACAAUGAGGAAUACUUACUUUUAAUAAAAGAAAUCUGGGCAUAUUCCUGGCAUAAUUUCCCCAGCAAACAAGUGUGAGCAUGUAGCAGAAAUUACUCCAGGUUUACAUGGCAAACUACAUACUGGACAUGCUGGAAAUCUUUUUGCAGUAUGAACUGUACUGAAAUCAUUACUACAGAUCAUACACCCCACACAUUAACACACUUCUUCUUAAUGUAAAUAUUUUCAGAUCAGUUAUUUACCCCAGAGAAUGUAUUAGGGGAACAUGUGAAUUACGAUCUCAGGGUAAAAGUUCAGAAGAAGUUCAGUAGCUUUCAUUUCUCUCUCAUUCCCUACGAUAUGUAGACCUUCUUGAGACGUUUCCUCAAGGUGGAGCUCUUGAGACAAGGGAGGGACCCAAGUGAGCUUAACUGUAACUUUCCUGCAAGGAAUGCUGGGAAAUUGCAGGUUUUUGAGGCUGCUGAUUGGUGGAGAGCUUUAGCCUGCAAUUCUCAGGGUUCAGAGGAGGAUCAAUUUAUAUCCGUUUGUUUUGUGGUACAAACAUAUCUGCUAGAUUUACUGCCUGACACUUCCACCCCCUUUUCGCUACAACUAUGUAAAUGCACUGACAUAAGGUAUUGUCUUUCACCAGAUGGAAAGACCAAAAUAGAGUAAUGUAUUUGUGUACACAAAGAGCAUUGGGUUGUUCAAGGCUGUGUGCUGUUGCUUUAUUAAUUUUUUGAAUUUGACAUAGCACUUUAAAAUCCAGUUCACGUUUUCUGAACAUAAGCCUCUCCUUUCUCCUCUGCUGGAGAGUAAAGGCUAUUGCACAUGGCCAUUUUUCAGUCUCCAGAAAUCAUAACAUUCACUGCUAAAGCUAUGACAGAUUAUGCAGUUGGAUGUAUAAUCGACUAUCGCAGUCUAUGAACGAUGAGUGAUUUGUAUCACUGCAUCAUUGUGAUUCUUGACCGCAUUUUCCAAUCACAGAUUGGCUGGAAGCCCAAGGAUCCCAGGCAGAAAAAGUGACAAGUUAACAUUCAUAUAAAUGCAUUGUGCAUUUGAAACUGCUUGCAGCUUCCAUACUUUAAAUGCUGAAUUUUUCAGAAUAAUAAUUGCUCACUGAUUUUCACCAGUGUGCUCUUUUGGUCUCGAUGCAUGACCUCCAGCACUUUUUCCUCUAGCAUGUGUCUCUGUGGGCAGGGGAAACAGACUGCAGUUUAAGGAUUUCCUAUAUGAAUCUGUGUAGUAAAAUGAGUGUACAUUGUAUUGUAUGAUGUGUGGCAUAGAUUGUGCUUUCUGCUGUGACUGCACUGAUUGGGUAGCCACUAUUCUCAUCACUGCCCAAUCAGUAUUCUCAUUUUAAAAGAAUGUUCAUGCCACAUUUCAAACAAUAUUGGGCACAUUCUUUUUCCCUACCGUGAAAUUACCAUUUCCCUAUGCAAGCAAAAGCCUGAUUCAGACAUCACAGGGAGCCAUGAAUUAAUUGUGGCACCGUUCAGCAUUCACAAGCCCAGGACUCAUGUGCUGUCCCUUGCCUUCAAUCUCUGUUUCAUAUUCUGGGUUUUGAUUAACUCUGAUUAGAAUAAAUUGGAAUUCGCUUGGUUCAGACAUCACAGUAAAUCCCAGUCUGUUCUAAACCAGAACUACACGUCUACAUGCAACAGGUGUGUAAGCCAAAGGCUUGUUAACAUCCAGCAGGGCCAUGAUUAAACCAUGGCUAGACAUGAUGUCUGAACCAGACCAUUACGUGAAGAGGGUCUAUAAGGAAAUGAUUCCACACAGUUUGUUGCAAACCCAAGGGUCAGCCUAGGAUUUACUUUAAAUCAGGCCUUGAUCUAUUUUCUUUGAAUUUAGGAGCCAGGCAAUGGACACUUGACAAAAUUACUGGACUCAGUGAUGGACAUUGUGGUGGGAGGGAGGUAAAUGGGCUUCUUAAUAUCCCCUUUACAAGUAACAUACUGCAAACAGAAGCAGGGUUGCCUAGGACAAAUACAAGAUUUUAUGAAAUAUCUCUACCUUUGAAUAUCCUAAUCUAGGCACCAUGGCUCCCUGGUGUCUGGGAUUUGUCUAGCCCUGCUUCAAAUUUAUUGUUUGACUGCAUUUAUCCUCUGCCCCACUUUAUAAAUAGCACAUAUGGAGCUGCGUGAAUCAGACUGGAAUGGGGGAGGGCAGGCUUUGGUCUUUUGCCCCUGUCCCAAUCCAGAUUACACACUGCCACCCACGCAAGUGAAAAAAGCUUCCAUUUGUGCCCAUGGAAAUACUGUGUCAUGCCUCUGAACCACUGUUCGGUUUUGCUUCCGAGUUAAACGAGAUGGCCGAAUAGGUUAUGUAGCUAAAGUGUCUACUGAUCUACCUUUUCUUGAUGAUUUUCCUGCAUGCAUAUGCUCACACACAUGUGCUCGCGCGCACACACACCACAGAAAAUGUUUUGACUACAUCCACCAUGGAAAAAUAAGCCUCUUUUAAUUCAUCCAACUUUUAUGCCCAUAGUUGGUUUUGCUGUUGCACAGUUUCAUAAUGUUUUGAAGUUGCACAGUUCCCCCCAAUGACUUACACAGGGUGAGACUGAAGCCCCGACCCUGAAACUCUUUUCCCUUGAGCAGUGUAGUUUUAAUGAGACUAUUCCAGAAGAAGCAGGUUUGAGGAUCACAGAGCCUUGCCCAUUCUUGGUACCAGGCUGGGAAACUUCUGGUCCUGCACUCAAGGAUAUUAGCAUAAUGUUACCACUGGAGAACUGAAGCCCUUCAAGGUGGUAAUAUAGAUAUGGUCUUAGUUAAAUGUUAACAUCAUGGCUUAGCUCUAAAAUGCAACUGUUUUCCUGUGUUGCCUAGAAAAGAGAAAGUAAACUGGUUCCAAAAAGGCCCAUAACAUGUUGUACAGUGAUGAUAAGCUACUGAACAUUCAGGUAAUGUCAACGGUUUGGUCAGCCUUCAGCAAUAACUUGACUCCAUGGAUCUGUAAGAAUGAUGUACAAAAACAAGGGGGGGGGAAUGUCUAUUCUAAGGGGAGAAAAACACACACAACUGUAUAUUAUAUAAGCAGCAUUAUGUAUAAAGAUGUCAUUUUGGCACACAGAAUCUAAUAUAUUAAACUUUUAAAAGAAAGAUUAUUUGAUAUUUUAUGGAAUCAACUUCAUAUUACUAUAUAUAUAUGUAUAAGAGGAUGGUGGUUUCUUAACCUGUUGGAAAAAUAUAUAGAAUCUCAAACUGUCUGAGAAUCUGAUGCCAAAAGGGUAUGUGUGACAGUAUUCGUUUCUGUCUUCGGUGUCUAACAGAACAAUUUUUAAUUUAAACUAUUAAAUUUCUUUUAUUAACAAGAGA